GGAGGCAGCUCCAGCAUCCUCCCAGCCUCCGGAGCACCGUUCUCUUCUCUCUGCCGACUCACUCGCUCGCUCGCCUCCCUCCUCGGCACCAUGACCACCUGCAGCCGCCAGUUCACCUCCUCCAGCUCCAUGAAGGGCUCCUGUGGCAUUGGCGGGGGCUCCGGCCUCAUGUCCUCUGUCCUGGCCGGAGGGUCCUGCCGGGCCCCCAGUGCCUAUGGGGGCCUGGUGGACUCCCGCUUCUCCUCUGGGGGCACCUGUGGGCUGGGGGGCGGCUAUGGUGGCAGAUUCAGCAGCAGCAGCUUUGGUGGGGCCCUGAAUAGUGGUUUUGGCGGAGGAUAUGGCGCUGGCCUGGGUGCUGGCUUUGGUGCUGGCUUCGGUGGUGGUGAUGGGCUCCUGGUGGGCAGUGAGAAGGUGACCAUGCAGAACCUCAACGACCGCCUGGCCUCCUACCUGGACAAGGUGCGCGCCCUGGAGGAGGCCAACGCCGACCUGGAGGUGAAGAUCCGUGACUGGUACCAGAGGCAGCGGCCCACCGAGAUCAAGGACUACAGCCCCUACUUCCAGACCAUCGCAGACCUGCGGAACAAGAUCAUUGAAGCCACCAUAGGGAAUGCUCAGCCCAUUCUGCAGAUUGACAAUGCCAGGCUGGCAGCUGAUGACUUCAGGAACAAGUAUGAGCAUGAGCUGGCCCUGCGCCAGGGCGUGGAGGCCGACAUCAACGGCCUGCGCAGGGUGCUGGACGAGCUGACCCUGGCCAGGACUGACCUGGAGAUGCAGAUCGAAGGCCUGAAGGAGGAGCUGGCCUACCUGAGGAAGAACUAUGAGGAGGAGAUGCUUGCCCUGAAAGGUCAGACCGGUGGAGAUGUCAGUGUGGAGAUGGAUGCAGCCCCCGGCGUGGACCUGAGCCGCAUCCUGAAUGAGAUGCGUGACCAGUAUGAGCAGAUGGCGGAGAGGAACCGCAGAGAUGCUGAGGCUUGGUUCCUGAGCAAGACCGAGGAGCUGAACAAAGAAGUGGCCUCCAACAGUGAACUGGUGCAGAGUGGCCGCACUGAGGUGUCCGAGCUCCGCAGAACACUCCAGACCCUGGAGAUAGAACUGCAGUCCCAGCUCAGCAUGAAAGCAUCCCUGGAGAACAGCCUGGAGGAGACCAAAGGCCGCUACUGCCUGCAGCUGGCCCAGAUCCAGGAGCUGAUCAGCAGCGUGGAGGAGCAGCUGGCCCAGCUGCGCUGCGAGAUGGAGCAGCAGAGCCAAGAGUACCAGAUCCUGCUGGACGUGAAGACGCGGCUGGAGCAGGAGAUCGCCACCUACCGCCGCCUGCUGGAGGGCGAGGACGCCCAUCUCUCCUCCUCCUCCCAGCGCAUGUCCGGCCAAUCCUAUUCCUUCCAGGAAGUCUCCUCCUCGUCCUCGUCUUCUGGUCGCCAGACGCGGCCCAUCCUCAAGGAGCAGGGCUCCUCCGGCGCCAGCCAGACCUCCAGGCGCUGAGCUGCCUCUCUGGCCUCCUGCCCGCCUGCUGGCCUCACCGCCUGGAGGCCUGGGCCAGGCUGCUGUUCUCCCGCCUCGGUCCCCGGCUGUCUCCCUGCCCUCUCUGCUGGUGGUGGGCUAAUAAAGCUGACUUUCUGGUUGAUGCAAA